AUGGCAGACAAUUAUGGAAAAGGGAAGAGGAGCCGAAAGGGAGGAAAGAAGGGCGAGGACUAUGAUUCCGGGUAUGGCAAGGGUUAUGGCGCGCCCCGGAACAAUUCAAACAUGGGAAGCUCCAAUGCAGGAGGUAAGCCUGCCAAGGACGCAGCGCAGGUCCACCACUACCCACCGAAGGAGAUGGCCGCAGACGUCGGUUAUCCAGUUAGGGGUGGGCAGACCUUGUUGAUUGCGUACUUUCCUUGGGAGGCAUCUGAGGCAGACAUUGAGAGGGAGUUUUCAAAGUUUUGCCGCGUGAAGCGGGUCCACUUGGUUGUUGACAAGUCUUCUCGGAAGCCUCGUUGCUUCGGCUUUGUCAAGUUCCUCAGCAAGGCUGAUGCUGAAGAAGCCCUUCGGGCCACUACCCAAGGACUGGUGCAGCUGCCAGAUACUCGAGGUCAUGUGUGGCACCUCAAGGCUGAGUGGACAAAGUCUGGUGACAUGGUAGUAGACGAUUCCGAAGCAGAACAGGAGGUUGCGAAGAGGAAAGAGGAGAGGCGCAGUCGCACCGACACUGCUACCCCUGGAGCAGCACCACGCACCAACUCGGGUAAGGGAAGCGCGCCGCCACCGAAGGGCGCCCUUCACCCUGGCGUUCCGGCUCCCUUACCCCCACUGCAGACGCGCUAUCCCCCGCAGGCCGCAAUUGGCAUGCCGCCGCCGCCGCCAGCAGCCCUCCAGCAGCACCAGCAGCGCUCGCUGGCGCAUUCACAUGUCCCUCCGCUUCAACAGCCUUUGCCGCACCAAGGGCAGCUCUACGGACAGCACAUGUAUGGCAGCCAGGGGCAGCAGCUGUACAGCAACCAGGCAUCCAUCUACGGAGGAGGGGUGCCGGUGGCGCCACUGGGACGAGAUCCAGUUGGCGGUGGCUUAGAUGCCGGAGGUGCACCGCCGCUUCUCCGCGACAUCAACAGCUAUGCGCACGCAUCUGCGGCAGCUCAGCAGGCUGCUUAUCCAGGGUCCAGCUACGCAGCGGCCGUGGCUGCUGCUGCAGCCCAUGCACCAGGAUACCCGCCUGCUCAAUCGCAAAGUUACGUGGGCCAGCCUUAUGCUGGUAGUCAGCAACCCUAUGUAUCACAGCAGGCUUACGCAGGAACUGGACAGUAUUCAGCUGCUGGCCAGCAGGCCGCUUACGCAGCUGGGCAGCAGGCAUAUCAAACUGCAGCUGCAACAGCCAGCAGUGCAGUGUAUCCUUCAGCCGGAGGGGCGUAUCCACCACAGGCACAGUCUGGUUACGGUGCUCCGCCCGGAUAUGGAGCAGCUGCACAGUACAGCCAACAGCCCGCAUCUUAUCCGACCAACCCGGCAACUGCGUAUGCUGCGGCUGGCUACGGGCUGGGGCAAAGUCCGUACAACUACCUCCAGCAACCCGCCGGAUCCGGGGUGGUUGCUUAUCCAAACUACCAGGGUGCGCAGGGCCAGGUUGCACAAGCACAGCCGCAACAACCCCAAGCGCAUGUGCAGCCCUACACGCAGCCACAGGCGGAUCCAACCGUUGCGACUGGCAGCCUUGGACGCGGGCCCGUCAGGGACUUGGUUGCCCGGCUGCAGUCUUCGAUGCUCGCAGACUUUCCCGAUUGUGAGGCAUCCACGGACCAGCAGUCGCAACAGCAGUACUUGGAUAUGGUACAUGCCCUGGACCCGCGGAAUGGUACCUUUGCGGAUCAUGGUGUGAUGUGA